AUGACAGAGCCCCACAGGGUGUCGUUCACCACGCUGCACGGGCCCCUGAGCAGCAGCUUCCUGAAGAGGUCGCGGAAGGAGGACGAGCAGCCCCCGGAGCCCGAGGCCGCGGCCACGGCCGUGCGCAUCACCCUCACCCUCUUCGAGCCCGACCACAAGCGCUGCCCCGAGUUCUUCUACCCAGACCUCCUCAAGAGCUGCCGAGGGAAGGUGAAAGGGGGUUCCUCGGGUGACAAGAAGAAAGAACCAGCUGAUCCCUUCAACAAUGAGGAGAAGGAAAGGCAUAAAGUGGAGGCUCUUGCUAGGAAGUUUGAAGAAAAAUACGGUGGGAAGAGGCGCAGGAAGGAUCGGAUCCAGGACCUGAUUGACAUGGGCUAUGGCUAUGACGAGUCUGACUCCUUCAUCGAUAACUCUGAAGCAUAUGAUGAGCUUGUUCCUGCCUCUCUCACGACAAAGUAUGGAGGGUUUUACAUCAACUCGGGGACGCUGCAGUUUCGACAGGCAUCUGAGUCUGAGGAUGACUAUGUCAAAGAGAAGAAGAAGAAGUGUCCCAAGAAGCGGAAGUUGAAAGAUGGAGGUGAAAAAAUGAAGAAAAAGAAGAAAGAUGAUUCCUAUGACAAAGAAAAGAAAUCGAAAAAGUCCAAGUUUCCAAAGGCUGGCUUCACAGCGUUAAAUGCAAGCAAGGAGAAGAAGAAGAAGAAAUACUCUGGAGCUCUCAGUGUCAAGGAGAUGCUGAAGAAGUUUCAGAAGGAGAAGGAUGCUCAGAAGAAGAAAGAUGAGGAGCAGAAAGCAGUGCCUCCUUCGCCAGCAGAGCCUGCAGGCCCGAGGGAGGCCGAGGCUGACCCUCUGCUCUCGCUCUUCGGCCACGCCAGUGACAGCGACCUGCUCCAGGCAGCCACGGCCAUGGACUCCCUGAGCGAGCUGGACCUGGAGCGGCUCCUCAGCGAGUCGCCGGAGGGCAGUCCUCUCCCCGACCUGGAGGAUGGCAGUGAUCCCGCGGGGACCGGCUUGGAGCAGGAUUUCAAGCCGCCGUCCCUCCCCGAGGGCCUUCCAGCCCCUCUGGAGAAACGCAUCAAGGAGCUGGCCCAGGCUGCCAGAGCUGCAGAGGGAGAAGGCAAACAGAGGUUCUUCACUCAGGAUAUCAACAACAUCAUACUGGACAUCGAGCUGCAGACACGGGAGCUGCCGGGCCAGCUCCGCUCCGGGGUGUAUGCCCACCUGGCUGCCUUCUUCCCCUGCAGCAAGGACACUCUGCUCAAACGUGCCAGGAGGCUCUAUCUCUACGAGCAGGGCGGCCGGUUGAAGGAGCCUCUGCAGAAGCUGAAGGAAGCCAUUGGAAGGGCCAUGCCAGAGCAGGUGGCCAAGUACCAGGAGGAAUGCCAAGCCCAUACUCAGGCCAAGUUUGCUAAGAUGCUGGAAGAGGAGAAGGACAAGGAGCAGCGAGACCGAGCUUGUUCUGAUGACGAGGAGGAUGAAGAAAAGGGAGGGAAGCGCCUGACAGGACCACGGAAGAAAUUUCAAUGGAAUGAUGAAAUCAGGGAGCUGCUUUGCCACUUGGUGAAGAUUAAGUUGGAUGGUUAUGACCUUGACAAGAAUAAGACUCAGUCUCUAGAGGAUUAUGUGAAGACCUUCCUAGAAGGAGAGGUGAAGCCCCUUUGGCCUAAAGGCUGGAUGCAGGCCAGGACACUGUUUAAGGAGAGCAGGCGUGUGCAUGGACACCUCACAUCAGUCCUGACGAAGAAGAAGGUUAUAGCUCCUACUAAGGUGAAAGUGAAGGAAUCUUCCUGCAAGCCAGAAAAAAAGAUGUCAGCGUCUGUUCCUUCCAUGCACUCGAGCAGCACCUUAGCUCUGUCUUCAGAGCCCCAGGGAGGAGCUCUGGGCAUCAGUGUCCAGCCCAGGGAACUCCUGGCCCUUGGGACAGCCCAGGCAGGCGGCAGCAGUGGCACUGCUGCUGCCUUCAGGGACGACUCCCUGGACGAGGACCUGAUUCACAACCCCACGUCCUCCCUCGACGCAGUCUCCAAGGAACUGGCUGUGCUCAACAGCAGAGCAGGAGGGAGCCCUGACUUUACCCUUCCUGCAGCUCCCAAAGCUCCACCAGAGAAGAUCCCAACUCUUGCAUCCUCGGAGGAGAAGAGGACAUUUCCCAAGUCCAGCCCUUCCCCUACGUCAUCCUCCGGCUCCCUCCAGUCUCCUCUCAAUUUCCUGGCCGAGCAGGCCCUGGCGUUGGGUCAGUCUGCUCAGGACAAGAAGACAGAGAACUCG